AUGCUUGCGCAAUGGUCUCCCAGUUUGCUGGUUCUCUGUCACAUCAUAGAGACAAAAGCUGCCAUUGACUUGGACACGUUGCAAGAGUUCGAGAAGCCAGACCUUCCCGCGUUUCUGGACUACGACUGCGACCUGGUCGGUACGAGGCCCGGUGCUGUGGCCGACUGGAACUGGGUGUACAAGCGAGUCCAGUCCAGCUUCAAAGGGACCAACCCCUUGAAGUCCAACUUCUCUUUCCCAGCCGAGUUUACACACCUGGUGGUGGACGGGCAUUCGUCCAGGUCCGAGAACCUCCCCGCAAAGGCGCUUGCGGAAUGCCCCCUCGGCUCGAUGUAUUUGCUGCUCCUGUAUUUCUAUGAGGGGCUCACUGUCAAGAAUGUGUACAAUUUGCGGGUGGAGAAGGAGAUUCAGACGCUCUUGGCCACGUACCCCACCUACGCUUUAGCCCUGACGCGCUGGCCCAUCUUCCCAGUCUUCGCUCACUUCUCCGACCACCACGCCAAGUCGGCGGAGGUGGUGCUCUGCGACCAUGUUGACGGUGUGAUUAAUUGGCGGCAGUGUCGGGAGGAUGGUCUGCAGUGGAUAGACCUUGUGUACAAGGACGAGGAGUCACAGCUCCCAAGCCACGACGAGGACCUCAUACACUGGCAGACGACGGUCGCCCAGUACCUCUACACGAUCUUACGAUGGAAGGAGAACCAAGUACAAGCCUCAGAAGAGUGCCCCUUUGGAUUCUUCUUCCUGGCAGCUACGCAGCUGGUAGCCGCAGCCAGCAAGAGCACCCAGCACCUGCCACCCUUCGGGAAGAUCAUGGACCAGGUGGUUGGGGCAUUGCCUUUCUCUAGCGUCAGCCGCUCACCCUGGCCGAUUUGGCACGUUUUGGCCAUCUUCUCCGAUCAGAACAAGGGAAAUUGGUACUGGGGUGGUGAUCGGAAGUACCUGCGCGGAUACAGCGACUGGAACCUAAGGAAUGAUGAGCUCGCCCCGCUGGUGUCUUCUGACAAUGCCUUCUUGUCACCCAGCUGGAAAGAAGAAGCCUCAGAAAUGGUGGAUGCCUGGGUAGAGAUGGACCAUGCUCAGUAUGUGGAUGCUUUGCACGUCGAGUCCCGACGUCGGGAAGAUGACGGGGGGCCUCUCAGGCCCAUCGUCAGGAGCCUUAUCGAUGCGGCGCAGGCUGUAGCCGCUGCUUCGGAACUGAAUGGGCUCAAGCGCAGGCUGGCAUAUGUAGUUCUUCUCUACGGUGGAAACUGGGCUUACCUCUUGAAGCGUCUGGUACGCCAUCUGUCUAAUUUGCGUGUCUUGUACCCCUUGAUGGUGAUCGCUAUCGGCGAGGAUGCGGCAGACACAUGUCGAGAGCUCAUGUCAGCUGACACAGAUCACACACCGGACACCGAUGUCACACCCCCAGGAACCCGGGUGAUUUGCUGGAUGCCUGACACGAUGUCGCAGGUGCAUCGCUUCACCUGCAUCCACGGACUGCUGCAUCUGGGUAUCGAUGUCCUUUAUACGGACAUGGACACGUUCUGGCUCCGGGACCCCACGAGGCGGAUCCUUUCUUCGGCCGAAGGCUGGGAUGCCCUCUUUGCGCGCCACGGCGAUGCGGAUUGCGUGAACAUCGGGGUGUUUUAUCUGCGAGCCUCUGGCAGGACGGCCGUGUGGAUGUCCCAGUUCAUGGCAUGGUACCAUGAUCAUCCCUUUGAAAUUGACCAGCGGGGACUACACGUUUUCUUAGGGCUGCACGCCCAGAAUAUAAGGAUCGCAUACUUGCCGGAGGACUUGGUGGAGAUCCGCGGUUCUGUCCUGGAGGAUCGGAAUGAAGUGGUCAUUGGGGACAUUGGUUGGGAGGGCACUCUUCCGAAGAUGCUCAUCUUUCACUGGUGCCACCGGCCGAUCGAACUGAAAGAGCGCGAGCUCAAUGCCGCUUAUGAUGCCAGCGAGCAGCUGGAACCUCACAACAUGCCCGUGGCUUUGGCGCUCUCCGUGAUGUCAGGCGCUGUCGCUCGAACUUCGUGGGCUUUGGCAUUCAGACUACGAGUUAUCUUGGAUCAAUAUCAAGCCGAGAUGGAAGAGGAGCGCAAGCCUUGCUGGUAG